AUGGAAGAAACAAGUGUGUCCCCGUUAAAGCACUUUGUGCAGGCAAAGAAGGCCAUUACAUCUAUUUUUGACCAGCUAGUGGGAUAUAUCGGUGAUGGAGUUACCUUUGUAGAAGACACCUCUCAGAAUUUAGAAUUAAAAAACAUAACCAAUGAAUAUGACCUCAAGGAAAUUCAGAGUUUCAAGAAAAAUCUGGCUGGCAUUGGUGAGGUUUUGUCACGGAGGCACAUGAAGGUAGCGUUCUUUGGCAGGACAAGCAGUGGAAAAAGUACAGUGAUAAACUCCAUGUUGUGGGACAGGGUGUUGCCCAGUGGCAUUGGACACACUACCAACUGCUUCCUGAGUGUGGAGGGAACAGAUGGAGAUAAGGCAUAUUUGAUGACUGAAGGCUCUGAAGAAAAGAAAAGUGUUAAGACUGUGAAUCAGCUGGCUCAUGCCCUUCAUAUGGAUAAGGAUUUGGAAGUGGGAUGCCUUGUGCAUGUUUUCUGGCCAAAGACAAAGUGUGCCCUUCUGAGAGAUGACCUGGUCCUGGUAGACAGUCCAGGAACAGAUGUGACCACGGAACUUGACAGCUGGAUUGAUAAGUUCUGCUUGGAUGCUGAUGUUUUUGUCUUGGUGGCCAACUCUGAAUCCACGCUUAUGAACACGGAAAAACACUUUUUCCAUAAAGUAAAUGAAAAACUUUCUAAACCCAAUAUUUUUAUUUUAAAUAAUCGAUGGGAUGCAUCUGCAUCAGAACCGGAGUACAUGGAAGAUGUACGAAAACAACAUACUGAGAGGUGUCAGUCUUUCCUGGUGGAUGAGCUCAAAGUUGUAAAUAGUACUGAGGCACAAAACCGUAUAUUUUUUGUCUCUGCCAAAGAAGUUCUAAAUGCCAGAAUGCACAAAGCACAAGGAAUGCCUGAGGCUGGUGGUGCUCUUGCCGAAGGAUUUCAGACCAGGUUUCUGGAAUUUCAGAGGUUCGAGAAGUUGUUUGAGGUACAGUGA